UUUCUACUCACAGUGAUUUACACUCGAUUGUAUUUGUUGAAAAGAAAUCUUGCGAGAAUGAGCCAUGCUAAUACAGUAAGACGGUGUACAAACAAUUUAUCAAAAAUUCGACAUAGAAAAACAGAACAUAUAUUUUACGGGAGUAAAAUGGUGGAAUUAGGCAGCGAUGAAUCGCUAGGAACGGCUAUUACCGAUGUUACCAUGGAAACGGAAAUGGAAUCCGACGAAGACGGGGAGAGCGACGAAGAACAUGUGCGCCGACUUAUACCGUCACCGGUCGGUCAUCAGUGUGUUGGCAAAGAAGACAGACAAAAAUCUGCUACUAGGAACAGUGAAAUGAAACAAGUCGAAGAUGAGAAUGUUUGGUCUAUAUCUAUACAAAUGUUCAUACCUUUUCUGCUGGCCGGUUUUGGUAUGGUUGCUGCCAGUUUGUUGUUAGAUGUCGUACAGCAUUGGCCAGUAUACAGUGUCGUAUCGGAAGUGUAUAUAUUGGUACCGGCAUUGCUAGGUUUAAAGGGUAAUUUGGAAAUGACCUUGGCUUCAAGGCUUUCCACGCAUGCUAAUCUUGGACACAUGGACACACGGAAGCAGCAAUGGACAUUGAUCAUGGGAAAUCUAGCUUUAAUUCAGUGUCAAGCUAUUGUCGUGGGCAUGUUGGCUUCUCUUGCUGCUGCCGUACUUGGUUGGAUUCCAGAUGCACGGUUUGAUGUUCAUCACGUAUUCUUAUUAUGCGCCAGUGCCUUAGCAACAGCAUCCAUAGCCAGUUUUUUAUUGGGUAUAGUAAUGGUGACUGUCAUACUGUUAUCGAAACGGAUGAAAAUCAAUCCGGAUAAUGUAGCGACACCGAUCGCGGCCUCCCUCGGGGAUUUGACCACUUUGGCGCUUCUGUCGGGGAUCGCGUCUCUUCUCUACGAAGCCAUAGACUACGCGCCAUGGAUAGCACCAACGUGUAUAGCAUUUCAUAUCGUCGCUACUCCUUUUUGGGGUUACAUCGCAGCUAGAAAUCCGUUUACCAAGGAAAUAUUGGAUUACGGCUGGGCACCUGUGAUAUGCGCAAUGUUAAUUAGCAGCGCAGGCGGCCUGAUAUUAGAUUACACUAUAUCGAAUUACAAAGGUAUAGCUGUAUUCCAAUUAAUAAUAAACGGGGUUGGUGGUAAUUUAGUUGCCGUACAAGCUAGCAGAAUGUCGACGUCGUUGCAUAGAGAACGACGAUCAAGUGCUCAGGAAAAAACCGUUGUUCGUUUCAAUCCAUUUUACGCAUACUUUGCCAAAGGUGGACACGCGAGAACUGCCAGAGUAUUGCUAGGAAUGGUGAUACCUGGUCACCUAAUAUUUGGUUAUGCUAUCAGUUACCUUCAAGCUGGCCACACUUCUUUCACUCCUAUAUUUAUUAUUGUGUAUUUGACCGCCGCUUUACUACAGGUGAUUUUGUUAUUAUACAUCGCUCAGUUGAUGGUCGUUUGGAUGUGGACACGAGGAAUAGAUCCAGACAGUUCUGCAAUACCAUAUCUGACUGCAGUAGGCGAUCUGAUAGGAACGGCACUGCUAGGAAUCGCGUUCCACAUACUUUAUGCCAUCGGCGAUGGAGAUUCGGAUGUAGGAGAUUGAAUCGUGAUUUUCGGCUAUAUUGAAAUAUCGUAUACAUAUAUGUAUAUUGAAUCAG